AUGUUUCCGAAGAUAUUCAGGCCGCCGUUUAAGCUGGGGCUUCGAACCCAGCUUACGAUUUUAGUUUGCAUAAUCGCUCUGUCUUCUUUGAUCAUACUCGGAGUAAUGACAUGCGUUUAUUUUACUAUGAAUUAUGAUGCUGUAAUAGGCGAAAGGUUACACCUCUCCGCACAGCUAAAGGCGUCUCAGGUUGAUACCACGUUGUCAUUACUUUAUCAUCAGUGUAAUAUGUUGUCUGCUACAGAACCGAUUAAGAAUACGUUACUAAAAUACCGCGUUGUAAAUAAUAGAUCUAGUGUCGAUUGGACUCAGGCUGAGGACGUUUUGAGUGGUUAUUUGACGACUUCGAACACCACGUACGCUAUAAGGCUGUAUGACAGUGCUUUCAAUAGAGUUCUUUCUCUAACUAAUACCGCUUCCAGUAUUCCGGACAAACUGCUGUCAGUUUUAUUACCUCUGGACAGUAACGAUCCGCUACCGUCAACAAUUCAUGAUAAUGCACUGCUGGUGAAUCCUGUUCGAAAUGAUAGUAUGCAGUAUUUGAUGUCCAUCUCUAUUCCAGUUUUUUCAACUGUUUCAAUAAUAACGAAGAGUCGUGACAUCGCGGGCUAUAUGACUGUGGUUAUGUCUGCAGAUGUCAUAAAAUCAAUGAUACAUGAAGCUACCGGACUGGACAAGUCGAAAGCCUUAUUAGUAUCCCGUGUAGCUGACCCAGCGGGUAAUUCUUCAUCAUAUGAGGUACUUUUCCCGAAUGAGUUAAGUAACGAACAUCCUCCGAAUGGAAAAUACCAAAUAAGAUCGGAUUCAUUUCUAUACGACGGGUUUAACGAAAGGAAAGGUGGUGUGCGGACGAAAGGUACGUCAUUUUUAGGAUCUAAGGUUGCUGUAGGCUACUCGCCAAGUAGUUUUUUCCUAGUUGACUGGGUAGCCAUUAUUAGACAGCCUAUAGAUGAGUUUUCGGCACCAGUAGUUAAAUUAGCCAAAAUUCUCACGGUGACAGUGAUUGCAGUUGCAGUGUUUGUUUGUAUUCUCACUUUUAUCAUAACUAAUUGGGCAGUUAAACCAAUCGUGAGACUACAGAAAGCCACAGAGCAAAUUGCAGCUGGAAGAGGAUUGAGAUCUUCCACCAAUGAAAGUAGGAAUUCAAGCCAGUCUAAUUUUAUGAUGUUGACUAAUUCCAAGAGCUCGUACUCUGGCCGUCGUUGCUCCACUCCGCAGGUUACAACACCAAGGGUGUCGAAUUCUAGUGGAUACACGCCAGGCCAGUGCAAUGCAGGCAUUUUCCGUUCUAUGGUUGAAGGAAACGGGUAUCAUGAAAACAAAUUUAUACCAUGUGAGGCUCAACAGUCUAUGCCGUCUUCAUAUGAUGUAUCGGAAAAUUACAAUAUUUCGAAUCGGUGGACUGAGGCUAGAAUACCUUUCUACAGGAGGUUAUUCUCUGACGAGCUGUCAGAAUUAACCGAUACAUUUAAUACGAUGACAGAUGAACUUGAUAGGUACUAUGCAUUGUUGGAAGAUCGUGUCCGUGCACGUACUAAGCAGCUAGAAGCAGCAAAGAUAGAGGCCGAGGAAGCCAAUGAAGCGAAAACAGUUUUCAUUGCUAACAUAUCGCAUGAACUAAGAACACCUUUGAACGGUAUCCUAGGGAUGACUGCAAUCGCUAUGGCCGAGAAAGAUAUGGAAAAAGUUGGCAAUAGUUUAAAAUUGAUCUUUAGAUCUGGUGAAUUGCUAUUGCAUAUUUUAACUGAACUUUUAACAUUUUCUAAAAAUGUGAUGAAACGAACUAAACUAGAAGAGAGGAAUUUCUCUAUGAUCGAGGUUGCUCUUCAGACCAAAUCAAUUUUUGGUAAGCUUGCUGUGGAUCAGCAUGUUAGUUUCUCCAUAUAUCUAAUGCCUAAUGUGAUAAGAUCAAUGGUAUUAUGGGGAGAUUCCAAUAGAAUUAUACAAAUAGUGAUGAACUUAGUAUCUAAUGCACUCAAGUUCACGCCUGUUGAUGGUAAAGUUUUGGUGAAAAUAAAGAUAGUAGGUGAAUAUGACGAAGAACGAAGUAAAGCCUGCGAAUUUUCGGAGGUAUAUAUUAAACCAGGUACAGAAAUUACAGAUGAGUGUGUCGUGUAUUCAGGCCGGCGCGAAAUACCGAAGGAAUCUGAGCCUGUUGUGAUAACGAAUAAUGAAAAGAUAGUGCAAAAUGAUGUUUCGACCGACUCUGAUACUUUUAGUAUAGGUUCUUUUUCAUCAUCUGAUUCCAGUCUUUAUGAAGAUUUACCAUUCCACUUCCAAUUUAAGCAGGAAAACAAUAUCGAUUCAGAAGAUGAAGAUGCAACUUCAAUUGAAAAGGUUGAAAAUCCGAAAACUUGGGUAUUUGCAAUUGAAGUAGAAGAUACUGGACCUGGGAUUGAUCCAUCAUUACACGAUUCUAUAUUUAAACCAUUUGUACAAGGUGACCAAACGCUUUCAAGACAACAUGGUGGUACUGGGCUGGGUCUCUCAAUUUGCCGACAACUUGCUACAAUGAUGAACGGAACAAUGAAACUGGAUAAUGAUGUUCGUAAGGGAUGUAAAUUUACUUUCACCGUUCCCUUGCGUCAAACUGGGAAUGUCAGUUUUAAUGAGAAGGAAAGUAAGUUCGAUGAUGAAUUCAACGUGGAAAGCAAGAAGAACAGGAAAAUCACAUUUAACAUAGACAAGAGUAACGACUCAAGUGGGCAGUUAUCCAAAUCACCUGAUCGUAAGAAAAGUGGCGAAUUCAGAUCAUCCCACGGAACUAAUGAGACUUCUAGCUUGCGCACUGAUCGCCCAUUUUUACAGAGUACUGGAACCGCUAUAUCUACCAGGAGUGUAUCUACUGUUGCCAGUCUAAAAACAAAUACUAAGGUUUUGAUUGCUGAGGACAACAAUGUGAACCAGGAAGUAAUAAAAAGAAUGCUGUUUUUGGAAGGCAAUUUCGAUGUCGACCUAGUUUGUGAUGGACAGGAAGCACUAGAUAAAGUUAAAGAAUUAAUGAAAUCAGGAGGACAUUACGCAAUAAUUUUCAUGGAUAUACAAAUGCCUAAAGUGGACGGUUUGCUAGCUACAAAGCAAAUACGUAAUGAACUGAAUUACAAGCACCCUAUUGUAGCUUUAACUGCAUUUGCUGAUGAUAGUAAUAUUAAAGAGUGCCUCGAUGCGGGAAUGAACGAUUUCUUAUCGAAGCCCAUUAAACGGCCAAUGUUAAAAAAGAUUCUGACGAAGUACUCUAAAAUUAAAUAG